AUGGAAGACGUCAGCACCGAUGCCGCCACCUCUCGCGAACGGCGUAACGCGGCGCGGAGGGCCGCCGAAGAGGAGUCAACCUUGCGCUACCGGUUGCGUAACCAGAACUUCUGCCUCAUGGUACUUCUGUUCGUCGCAGUGCUCACGGUGACUUGCGCCUGCGGAGCCAUCGUCUACGCCGUGAUCGAGCACUUCUGGACGCCCCUUAAGGACGUUGACGAAGCGCACUCGGCAGGCUCCGGCCCUUCGUCGGCCGGCGGCAGCAGCUUGGUGCUCGGGUCCCCCGCCGCCGAGGUCGUCAUGCAGCGGCUUCCUGACACCGAGGAAACGAGCCGCGGCGCGGUCUUCUGCUUCGUCAACCACAGCGUCUCUUCGGGGUCUCCGCACCCGUUCGACGUGGACAACGUGACGGCCGCCCUCUGCGACGCGCUCGUCUUCGUCUCCGUCGGCCUGCUGCCCCAGGUGAGCGGCCUGAGCUUCAGGCGACCGACCCACGACGCAGAAGCACUCCAGAGCCUGGUCUCCCUCGCCGGAUCGUCGGUGGCGGCAUGGGUUUGCGUGGGCGGCGAGUCCUCGGACAGCGCCGACUUCGAGUGGCUCACUGGAGACCGCAAGUCGAGGCUGGCUUUCUUCCACAACGCUGUGGCCUGGUCGCGCCGCAUGGGCGUCGCGGGCCUGCUGCUCUACUGGAAGUACCCGCAGCGCCAGAGCCGCUCCGGCUACAACACCUUCAUCAACACUAUGCGCGUCGUGUUCGAGAGGGACUCGCUUCGCCUGAGCGUGGUGCUGCCCUGGGCCACGACCACGCGGCGGGAAGGCUACGUCGUCCGGUCGCUGUACGCCCACCUGGACUUCGUCGUGGUGGACACGCACCGCACGGUAGACCCGCGGUCCUUCCCAGUGACCACGUGCCAGACGCCCGUGCGUUCGGCGUUCAGGGCACUGAACCACGGACAGGUGGGCCUGUCCUCGGUGCUCGACGACCUCUCGAUGGACGCCGAGCACUUCCUCGCUAAGACGGUGAUGAGCGUCUCGCUCUCGGCCGUCACCUUCACCAUCAGAAGGCCGUGGGUGAGACGCACGAGACCCGGAAUGAGCGCUGCGGGUCCUGGCCGCCCGUUUGGCCGCACCAACCAGUCGGGCCUGGCCAGCUACUACGACGUGGCGAGGGCGUUCUCCCAGAAUACGUCGUGGCGGCGGGAGACGCACGCGUUCUCCCGCUGCUCGGUUGCCCGCCUGGGAGACCAGUGGAUCGGCGUCGAGGACCACGGAAGCCUGCGCGCCAAGAGGUCCACGGUCCGCAGGACGGCGGGGCUGGCCGUCUGGGACCUUCCGAUGGACGACUUCGCCGGCGAGCUGGGGCCCGCGUGGCCCCUGCUUCGCGAAGCCUACGGCCUGGUGCACGGCUGA